AUGGACAACGAGAAAGAAGGGUUUCCUAUUACUGCCAUCCGGGAAAUUAGAAUUUUAAAGAAGCUGCGGCAUGAAAAUGUUAUUAAGCUGAAAGAGAUUGUGACAUCUCCAGGUCCUGAGGUGGAUGAGCAAGAGAAAUCAGAUGUUAAUAAGUACAAGGGCAACAUUUACAUGGUUUUUGAGUAUAUGGACCAUGACUUAACAGGCCUUGCUGAUCGUCCUGGAUUGCGAUUUACUAUUCCACAGAUCAAGUGUUAUAUGAGGCAACUACUGACGGGGCUUCAUUACUGUCACAUCAAUCAAGUACUUCACAGGGACAUCAAAGGCUCUAAUCUUCUCAUUGAUAAUGAGGGAAAUCUAAAGCUUGCAGAUUUUGGGCUAGCACGGUCAUUUUCACAUGACCACACUGGAAAUCUCACAAAUCGAGUUAUUACUUUGUGGUAUAGACCUCCAGAGUUGCUGCUUGGAGCCACCAAGUAUGGUCCAGCUGUCGACAUGUGGUCUGUUGGUUGUAUCUUUGCUGAGCUUUUGCAUGGGAAACCAAUAUUACCUGGGAAAAAUGAGGUUAGGCAUAUCUCUUGA